UGCUGUAUUUAUACCCCUUGGAGAGCUCAAACAAAGGCAAAUAUUAGUAAUGGGCCUUUACCAGCGAUAACGCAUAUUUCAUUGAGUGACUUAUUAAGAAAUAUUCAUGCGAUUUUAGAUUUAUCUUUCAGGCAAUUCUCGUAUCGGUCUAUGAUCUCUAGUAUCUAUAAAUAAGGUGAAUGCAUUUAUUGGCCCAUCUAGCAGAUCCAUACUUGUACUUGAAAUGCUUAAUGACCAAAUGGUUGUGAGUAAUAGAAUUUUCCCCUUAAUGAAUGUCCUUUCCUUAUGUAACUAAUAUUUCAAGCAAUCAUUUCAAUUUUACCCAUUGCCUUAAAAGUUAUAUAUAUCAAGAUAGCAUUCAUUAUAUAUUAUCCAUAUCAAUCCCUCGGUAUUCCUUCCCUUACAACCCCUUGUGAGAGCCUGAACCGCUCCUGGCAGCUCGUGACCCAAGCGCAACAGCAUUGCAAUUUGGCAAACCCACCCCUCAAAGAUGGACACAUGGAGCGGAUAUGACGCACUGCGUCGGCGCGCUACAUGUCAACCCCCCAGAGAGCGACUUGGAUGUGGACUUGGUAAAUGCCGCUGCUCCCUCACCCUGCGUCCUGUCAACGAUAAACAAAAACAAGUUGGAGAGCCAGAGAGAGAGCUUGUGCCUGACAGCUGAAAGUACCAAAAAUUUCCCUUCCUCGGGAGCACGGAACACGGAGCACGGAGCACGGAGCACACCACUCACAACUGGACGUCGAACGGGGGCUCAAGUGCGCCAGCUAGCUGGCGUCAAGGAAAUUAUCGAUUUUCGGAUGUGAAGUGAAAAAUUUCAACUCGACUUUCGCGAUUGUGUGAGCCAGGUCUUCCAAAAAUAUAAAGAAAUCAAGUCGAAUCGAAUCCAAUAAAGCUCCCAGCUAGCCCGUAGUUGUGGGCGUGGCAGCUGGCCGAAGCCAGGUCCCAAGACGACAUGGCCGACAGCGAAUUCGAGGAGUUCCACAGGCCCAUAUUUGAGCCCCACACGAUUCCCACAUUCGGAGCUGGAGCUGGCAACAAGAAGAAUAAUCCCCAUGCAUUUUACUCACUAAUUCCCAACGAUGAACUGGAGGAUAGUCACUCCUCAAAGAGCGAAGGCGAUGGCUCCGAUCAGGAGGAUGGCAUCGGGCAUGACCGCGAGCCCAAGAUGCGCCAGGUGGAGGAUGACGAGCUGGGCGAUGGCCUAAAGGUCACCCUGUCCUCGGAUGGAUCCCUGGACACUAAUGACUCUUUCAAUUCACAUUGUCAUCACCCGUUGAACCAUCAGGAUGCAAUUGGUGGCUUCCUGGGCAUGGAUACCAGUGGCUUGGGUGGCAACAGUCCUCCAGUGACCAUUGGGGCAAGCACAGAUCUUCUGGCUCCAAAUUCAGCAGCCACUCGACGACGGCGCAAACUCCCCGAAAUUCCCAAGAAUAAGAAAUCUUCCAUUCUCCAUCUUCUAGGUGGCUCCAACUUUGGCUCUCUGGCAGAUGAGUUCCGCAACAAUGGAGGUGCUCCUCCACCAGCAGCUCGUGGCGGCAAUGGUCAGCAGCGCUCCUUUCUAUCCCUCAAGUGUGGUUAUUUAAUGGACGAGGACUCCAGUCCGGACUCGGAGCGUCUUCAGAGCCUGGGCGAUGUGGAUAGCGGUCACAGCACAGCGCACUCACCGAAUGACUUCAAGAGCAUGUCGCCACAGAUCACUUCGCCCGUGUCCCAAUCUCCCUUUCCGCCACCCUUUGGGGGUGUUCCCUUUGGCCAACUAGAGAUGCUGGAGGCCACACAUCGCGGCUUGCACAAGUUUGUGCCGCGGCACCACGAUGAAAUUGAGCUGGAGAUUGGCGAUGCCAUCUAUGUGCAAAAGGAGGCCGAGGACCUGUGGUGCGAGGGCGUCAAUCUGCGCACCGGACGCCAGGGCAUCUUCCCCUCGGCCUAUGCCGUCGAUCUGGACUACAAUGAGUUCGAUCCCACGGUGCAGCUGGUGAAGAAGGAGCGCUACCUUUUGGGUUACCUCGGUUCCGUGGAGACGCUGGCGCACAAGGGCACGGGUGUGGUUUGCCAGGCGGUGCGAAAGAUUGUCGGCGAAUAUGGAAGCUCACCCACCGGACAGACCUGCAUCCUGGAGGUGUCCGAUCAGGGAUUGCGAAUGGUGGAUCGAUCGGGACCGAAUCAAAACAAGAAGGAUAAGAAGCCUUGCAUCGACUACUUCUACUCGCUGAAGAACGUCUCAUUCUGCGCCUUUCACCCUCGGGAUCAUCGCUUCAUUGGCUUCAUCACCAAACACCCGACGGUUCAGCGGUUUGCGUGUCACGUCUUCAAGGGAUCGGAGUCCACAAGACCCGUGGCCGAGGCAGUGGGCCGUGCUUUUCAGCGUUUCUAUCAGAAAUUCAUUGAGACCGCCUAUCCCAUCGAGGACAUCUACAUUGAGUAGAGAGUAACGUAACGUCAGGGUGGUUUGUGCUUCAUUAUCCCAAUAUGAUAUAUUUUUUGUGCGGUUAUUACGAAUAAAACGAUAAAUCUCAAGAAAUAUUUGCUCUUCUUAAAGAGAUUCUUAAAACAAAAAUUCAAUAAGCUCGCAAUAGAAAACUCUAGCGAUAAAAGAAACCAAACAAUACAUAUAGAUUAUUCUAAUUUUUCCGUUCCUACGAAUUGUGCAAGAUCUUAGACAUGUAAAUAGUUACCUUUUGGUUCCAAAACUCCCACUUGACACUCGCUUCAAGCAAUCAGCAAUAGCAAUAGUUGCCCUUUAUAGGAACACACCUUAAACACACUCGCACACACACCUAGCCUAGGUAAAUGCACAACCAAGAAUCCAAACGAUAAGUUAAACUCCUUUUGAAGAUCCUGAAAUUUUGUAUCGAAAGAUACAGGCUCAGUUGGGUCUUAGAUAUAUAUUUUGAAUUGAUUUAACUUGAAGUAACUUGAAACCCUCUCGAUCCAUGGCACAGCACAAAUACAGUGAGGCCAAAGUAAUUUAGAGAUCUAACAGAUUUAUAUCCGAAGUUUAGUUAUUACUUACAUCUAUCUUUCAGUUACAAGACUCAACAAUAUCGAACACCAGCUGCUACAUUUUCAAGUAUUCUCAAUAAAAGCCCAGUUCUAAGAUGUGUAAAACCUAUAAAGUUGUAUACAAAAAGACGAAUAUAUAUACUGUAU